AAUGAAGCAUUUUCCUUUUGCCUGCGAUAUUCUGAUGUUUUGAAAUUUUUUCAGCACAACAAACCCUUGAAAAGGCCAGCCGAAGACAGCGUUGCCAAUUCUACUUCUGACUGCCCAAACAGUGAGGACUCUGAAAAACCAGCCAAAAUAAAUAGGACGGAACCAUUACAGGACAAGACAACAGCUUCAGAUCUUCAAACCCAAUCACAGCAAAAUCAUCCUAGUUUUUCAGUGCAGAUCGUUCAGCAGUUUUCUAACGCAUCACAUAAUCAACAAUCGCAAACGGUCCAAACUCAAGUGACCGUCCAAACGCUUUCUAAACCACUGAACUCGCCUCUGCCUCAAACUUCUCAGACGAUUGUUUCGAACCAGAAAACACAAGAGGUAAAAUCAAAUCAAAAAGAUCAAACGUUAGGGCCCCAGUCUGUGAGUAACGUGGUCACAACAGCGAACAACGUCGAGUGCAAGCAAGAAAAGGACGCUGGACAAACGUCAGAUCUCUGUCAAUUCAAAAACAAUAGAGCUUCAAACAGUAGUGGCGGUGGCGAUCGUCUCUCGGACACAUUCCCUAGUUUAGGUUUCACAGACGAUUCCGGAGAUGAUGUCAUCCAUCCAGAUAUCCUUAAAGAUCUCAUUGAUGAUGUUUUUACCAACUCAGGUGAUAUCAUGAAGGACUUCAACUUUGAAGAUAGUGUAGGAAGCAUGAAAGAUCAGGAGGAUGCGACGAAAGACAUCAUUGACUUAGUAAAAGGACCUUCUCCAACUCAAUUAAGGACUUUUCAAACUGAUAACUUAUCGUUUGUAAAUACCCAAGUUAAUCAGCAGCACCAAAAUGGUUUGUUCAGGAAUAUAUCAUCGAAUAAUGAUACUACUAUUGGUGUUAUGUCGACAACUACAUCGACAUCUGUUACAUCAGCUGCUACAUUUUACAACACAUCUUCUCAAAGACUGCCAUCGUAUGGAAAUUCCGCUUUACCACUUCCCAGUGGUUUGGGGUUGGAUUUCAAACUCACUGAGCCCAGUCCCGCUGCUUUGACAUUGAAGCAAAUGGCGGAACAGCAUCAGAACAUGCAGCAGAAGCAACAACAGCAACAGCAACAAUUGGGUGCUUCCACUCUCUCCAAUCGGCCAUCGCCCUUUAACCAAGAUACGUACAAUGCUCAUAUAAAUUCACUUCGCUCAGCGAACUAUCUCAACGGAUCGAACACGGGAAUGACCAGCAGCAGUCCUAAAGCACCUAAUACUGCAACAAAUAUUUUCAACUCUUUUGAUCGUCGAAUGAGUAAUUUUCCCGGAUCUGAAACUAUGACUGCCUUCUCAACAAACUGUGAGCCAAUGAGUCCAAACAUAUUUGAAGCGGAAAUGCGUGCCAGAACUUCUGUUGCUAUGUCUGAAUCGGAUCACGUUAAACAACAAAGAUUGCAAAUGGAAUCUUCUUGCCACACCAUUGAUCAACAAAAACCUCCUGUGUAUAACACAACCAGGCCUUUAACGCAUUACUCUGAAAGUCGUACUAUUAGACAUCAGAAUCCAGUUAACAAUAAUCAACAAAUACAUCAGCGUCCAUCUGGUAGGCAGUUCCAUAAUAAUGCUGAAAUGCGAUUGCAAAUGACACAGUCACAGCAUGUGCAUCCUGGACAACACUCCACUCAACAGCUUCAACAAAAUGCUCAUGAUGUUAAGCAGCAGCCGCAACAUAUGGUGCAAAAUCAACCUAACAUGUAUGGAAACUAUUCUUCCCAACAACCAGUUAGUAAUCCUACGUUUCACGGAUCCAUGUCACAGUCGUUAUCGUACUCGCCUCAGUUCUCCUCUAAUCCAACUAUAAAUAGACCGCCUCCGGAAUAUAAGGCACAGCAGUCUAAUUUAGCUACGGAAAAUCUUCAUCUUGUUGAACAGUUGAAUAAUCCCCAAGUCAUGUUCAAUAAUUCUGCCAAACAUAAAUACACCAAGCAGCAGAGACCACCAAAUGUUACAAUAACACCUGAUGGUUCUGCUAUUAGUUCUUCUGGCGAAUGGCGGCAUAGAAUGAUCAAUCAACAGAAUAAUCAGUUUAGGAUGAAUUCUUUCCCUCAUCAAGAGACGUAUGGCAAGUGUGAUGCGAAUGAUCAUCUCAGCUCUGCUGUUCAUCCAAGCCCUAUGUAUAACCAAUAUAGGAUGCCCAAUAAUCAAAUCUUAACAGGAAACCGUAUGGCGAGACCUAGUAUGAUGCCAGCGAAUCAGAUGUUAGUUCAACAAAGGCAACGGAUUCCAGUACCUCAGCAACGAUCGAGAAACCCAUCAAUGGUUGAAUUGGAUCAUCAUUCUUCGCUUGGAAUAAAUAACAGUGCUCUUUCACAAACUAAUAUGAUGGGGCCUGUGUAUACUAAUCAACAAGAUAUCAACAGGCAAGAUGGCAGCCAAAUAAAUUUAGACUUUUUGGACAACAUCGAAAGUAGUGCCUCGGAUUUGUUGAACUUCGAUCAAGUCAUUCAAGGAGGAGGAUCACAUUUUCCAUUGUUGGAUGACAUGGGUAUACUUGAUAAAUAGGACCCAAUGGUAAAAUGGAGUGCAAUAAAGCUGUUUUCGCCCUGAUAUGUAUUUGCGUGAAAGAUUAUCAUAAAUACAGAAUAUUGUGAACCGUACAAUAUAUAUUUUGUAUAUGUUGUGUAUAUGCAUUCAAAACACGGGCAAUCUUUCGAAUGUGCCAUAAAAUGGCAAUAACAUUUUAUGAGGGACAUGCAGUUUCCAUACCGAGGUGAAUCGUUGUAAUAAACUAUGCGAAAUUCACUGUGAAUUGUAGCUAUUUCAUAGUCGUUAAACGAACAAAGCAGGGCGUUUUUUUGUUUCAGAAGAGCAUACGGAGUUUCCUGUAUAUGCUUUUAGAUUCAAUGUGAUGUAUACCAAGUUUUCAAAUGAGAAUUUUAUCUUAGCUAUGACUAUGCUAAUUAUGUCGAAUGUAAGUCUUGAAAAAUGUAAUUAAAAAUGGUGCAAUGUGAAUGUUUUACAUAAAAUGUCAUAUAAAGCAAUCUUUGUAUACAUUCAGUGCAUUAAGAGAUUAAAAUGUUUUCAAUUAAU